UCCUGCAGAAGCAGACGCGCGAAGUCUUUCGACAAGUUGUUCUUCUCCGGUUGUUUUGUUUUAAAGUUUAAAAAAUAUGUUUGAAAUGCUGAACUGAAUAAAUAAUUGGUACCUCUAAUAUUUUUCUUGAAGUUGUGUGAAAUCAUUUAUUACUAUAUUUACAAGCUGCGCAAUAAGAUGGACUAUGAAGCAUACUCGGAUUACGACGCUGAAGAACCAUGUGUAGUACAACCGGUCAAGAGAAAGGUUCCGAUUAUUCGAAAACCGGGCGAGAUUGUGACUCCAAUGCGUAUUCCUAUCAAAACCAACUUGAAUGGUUCGAUAUUUCCUGCGUCGAAUUUACCAAACAAUCAAACUCUAACUCCCAGACCAAGAAUAAGGACGAACAUCAAAACGGAAUGGAAGAAAGUGGAAGCAAUAUCCAAAACAUUACUGACGCCGGAUGCUGGGACUGAUCGCAAAUCCACAGUUCACAGAGAAUUGAAGUUGAAGCCCAAACAAGAAUUACGAAAGAUUUCGAUAUCUGAAGUUAUCAACGAAAUUAAAUAUGACAAAAAUGAUGCUACAGAGGACAAGAAAGAGACGCAGCUGGACCGUAUCGAGCGUAAAAUGGAUGAAAUUUUGGACAGAUUGGAACGACAGGAGACUGCGUUAUUGCAUAUGAAGAAGGAUAUUUUUGAUAUCAGUAGCGCGACGAAGAGCUCAGUUGUUGAGCUCGAUGAGAACGAGGAACGGCCAGUGAAACCUGCUAAGCGAAAGUGCUUGGUGGUGUUCCCUGUGGCGGACGACGAUUACCUGCUCCGGUUGGAAGAACUCGUCAGUUCAGAUGAAGACAUAAUGGAAGAUUUGAUCAGUCUCUACAAGACAGCACCAGUCAACAGUGCUUAUGACUUUCUGCGCUUCAACAUCAAUGCCCUAUUCAAGAACUGUUCGAAGUACACGUGGACGGGAAAACCCCCGAAUUCAUGCCCCACGGCUCUUCCCAGUAAAGCUGCCGGUAGUCUGUGCUUGAUAGAUCAUUUGAUCCGCUGCGCGGCGGAAACAUUUCCCCAUGUGAACAGAGACCUGAUUCAGAAAGACCUCCGACGUGCAUUAGCCAACUUCAAUGAGAGCAAGACCAAACGAAUGAGCAGACACCAAGAGCUGGGUUUGAUCGAUGUGUUCAAAACAGUUGACUACGGUGAAUAAAGUUGAUUGAUGUUGCUCAAAA